AAACAUAACCUUUUACGCGUUUAGUGCACGUGUAAUUUUAUUUAUUGUUUAUCCUCCAUUUAGUAUUGAUCGAAUCGCCGAUCAUUUAAUAUGAUAUAUGAAAGGAAUUAAGGUCACAUUUAUCACAUUAAUCAUCCGGAAAUAUUUCAGAAAAAAGUACAUUAUUUAAUUAUAUAUAUUACAAUGACAAAUCAGCGACUUUCUUGUGGGUUGGAUUUGUGCUGUGCUGUAAAUUUAAACGAUUGUUUAAUUUAUGCAUCUGAGUCAAGGUAUGAAUUUAUUUGUGUCUCCUUGGUCCAUCCUUUAUUUAAAAGAGAAUUUAUUUCUGGACCUGCCAAAAAUCGUCCAGGACCACUCACUAGGCCUGACUUAGUUUUAAGUAGUUCAGGUAUAAAUUAAAUAUAUAUUUAUAAUAUAUAUACAUAUAUUUAUUAAUUAUAUCAGUGGUCAACAUCAGACCAUAGAUAACUUUCAGCUAUAUUUUUAUGUCGACGUUCUCUAUCCUUCCAUUUUGGUUUGUCAGGGGUGACUUUAAAAUUAAAAAACGGGAUAAACAAAAAUGUGAAUCUUGCAAGGAUUAUUUCUGAUAAAAUAACAAACAAUAAUUGUACUUUCCAGGUAUGGAUACAAGUUCCUAUGGAGAAUCCAAUUAGACAAACCUAUUCUUAUAGAACAGAAGAUUAUUCAGAAGACGAGAAUCCAUGGGAAUGGUGGAAUUCUUUUAGAGUAAUAUGUGAUUAUAAUAAAAAAUUAGGAGUUUCAUUAAUUGUCAGUCAUGACUUGCCUGAAGAAGAAGAGGUUGAUAGGUGGCUCGGAGAACCAGUAAGAUGUUUAAUUUUGCCGACAACAUUAUUUUUAACUAAUAAAAAGGGAUAUCCAGUACUAAGCAAAGCACAUCAAGCAUUAGUAAGAAGAUUUGCUAUGCAAGAAGUACAAUUUAUUUUAACAGGAGCAUCACGUUAUCAAAGUAUUAGUUAUUAUCAUAACUAUCUUGAUUAUCUGUGGAAGGGAUGUCAAAAUGAUGGAACAGUGGAAAAAUUUGCUCGAGGAUAUGAGGACUAUCUGCAAUGUCCAUUACAGCCUCUAAUGGAUAAUCUCGAAUCACAAACUUAUGAAAUAUUUGAGAAGGAUCCCGUAAAAUAUCGAGAAUAUCAGAGUGCUAUAUACGAAGCUAUAAACGCAAUAGUAUACAAAAUGCAAGAGGAAAGAACAAUAGUCAUUAUGGUAGUUGGUGCUGGAAGAGGACCACUUGUAACCGCAUCUCUGAAUGCCGCGAAAAUGGCAUAUCGGGAAGUAAAGGUAUAUGCAGUGGAGAAGAAUCCUAAUGCCAUAAUAACUUUACAGGCCCUUCAAAGAGAUAUGUGGAAAGAAAAAGUUACAGUGAUAUCAUGUGAUAUGAGGGAAUGGAAUCCUCCGGAAAAAGCUGAUAUAAUUGUGUCUGAAUUACUCGGAUCCUUUGGCGAUAACGAAUUGUCGCCAGAAUGUCUAGAUAAUGUCCUUAAGUUCUUAAGAGAUGACGGAAUUAACAUACCACAAUCAUAUACUUCAUACAUAGCUCCUAUGCAAUCCUCUAAAUUAUACAAUGAAGUGAGACAACUUAGAGAUAAAGACAAACAUCCGUUAGCUCAUUUUGAAACUCUAUACGUAGUGCAUCUUCAAAAUAAAUACGAUAUAGCAAAUCCGAAACCACUUUUUACAUUCAAACAUCCAAAUCCAGAUGCUCUUGCUGACAAUUCGAGAUAUGAAACUAAGACUUUUCAAGUAGAACAGAAUUGUGUAUUACAUGGAUUUUCAGGAUAUUUCACAGCAAUUUUAUAUGAAAAUAUCACAUUAAGCAUAGAACCUAGCACAUAUAGCUCAGAUAUGUUUAGUUGGUUCCCAAUAUUUUUUCCACUUAAGGAACCAGUACAAUUAAAGGCAGGAGAUGAAAUAGUGGUCCAUUUCUGGCGCAGAUGUGGUUCUAAGAAAGUAUGGUAUGAAUGGUGUCUCAGUAAACCCGUCCCAGUCUCAAUCCACAAUACAACUGGACGUUCUUCCGUUAUCGGAUUAUAACAUAACGAUUAUUCUUUGUUCAUUUAACAAUAUUCC